UAAUAAAAUCAAGCAUCAAAAAAUAUGGUAACAUACGUUUGGCACCGGUCAACAAAAUAGUCGUAAAAUCUCACCCGCUAGCUCCACACAUCUCCACCCCGUAAAAAAAAUCAUUAUAAAUCAAAAUCAUUUAGCACUUACCAAACCUAUAUCUAUCUAUUCAUCUAUCUGCCAUUCAUAGGUUCCAUAACAGGAGCUCGCAAUUCCGGCGAAUUCAUCGAUUCGCCGGAGAAUCAUCACAUGGAGAGAAGAGGCGGGAAAAGCUUGAACAUGGGGAUCAGCGUCAAAAUCGAGAAUGUUCGCAACAAAAUUCCGGUGCCGAAAAAGGAUAAGAGAUUGAUUAAAUACGAGGAUUUGCCUGAGUAUUUGAAAGACAAUGAGUUUAUUUUGGAUUAUUACAGGUGUGAAUGGCCUUUGAAGGACUUGAUCACUAGUACAUUUGCUUGGCACAACGAGACCUUGAAUAUUUGGUCGCAUUUGAUUGGAUUUUUGGUGUUUUUGACAUUGACGUUGUUGAGCGUAACGGAGAAGGUGGACGUUGAACGUUUGAUCGGAAGGAUAUUCAGAUGGUUUGAUGAAGAAGCGUUGACGAUGAUCAUGUCCAAACCCAACAAGCUCUCCGAUGCUUCUUCCACGGGUCUGUAUGCAAGACAACUCGUAGAAUCACUAAUACUCAAGUUGAGUGCAAGUGCAGAUAAUCCAGCCGCAAUCCCGAGAUGGCCUUGGUAUGUUUUCUUAGGCGGGGCUAUGGGAUGUUUAUUAUGCAGCUCCCUGUCCCACCUAUUUGCAUGUCAUUCUCAUCGCCUCAACAUUUUCUUCUGGCGUCUUGAUUAUGCUGGCAUCUCCCUGAUGAUAGUUUGUUCUUUUUUCGCUCCCAUCUAUUACGCUUUUCCAUGCAAUCCUUACUCCCGAAUCUUUUAUCUUACAUCCAUAACAGUGCUAGGCAUUCUUGCCAUUACCACCCUCCUUUCUCCUUCUCUCUCAGCUCCUCGUUACAGAUCGUUCAGAGCUUCUCUCUUCUUCUGCAUGGGCUUCUCAGGGGUGAUUCCUGCAGCUCAUGCUAUUGUCUUAAAUUGGGGGCAUCCACAGAUCACUACGACUCUUGUAUAUGAAAUUGCCAUGGGACUUUUAUAUGCCACUGGAGUGGUGUUCUAUGUAAGAAGGAUUCCAGAAAGAUGGAAGCCUGGUGCAUUUGAUAUUGCAGGCCAUAGUCACCAGAUUUUUCAUGCAUUUGUAGUUGCAGGCGCUCUUACACAUGCUGCUGCAACCCUUGCUGUCAUGGACUGGCGACAAGGUCAACCAAGUUGUUCCGUUGGUCAUGAUACACUUGUCUGGACGUGAUAAUUGAGGGGAUUUUUCGCACAAAGAUCCUGUGUGUUUGUAUCUCUUCCUGUUGUGUUCUGCAGAAAGUCUGUCUAGUUAUUAGAAGUUAGGUUAUGUAAUUUCUUAGGAACAGUUGGUUUGUCUCUACUUUGGUCUGUAUAACUUCUUAAAGUUAAUUUAUUACCUUAUAAUCCUUUUAGCUAAAAUGGCUGUUAUCAUA